AUGUCCGAAGUCGAGUACGCCCUCUUUGAGGCGCCAGUGGGCUAUUCCCUCUUCAAGGUCGUCCACCAGGCCGAUGUCGUGGGGCUCAAGUCCAAGGAAGGCCAGGAGGCGGCCAAUGACCUCGCCAAGUUUGGCAAGAUGGUGACUCUGCAGAACUUUAGCCCAUUCCGUGGCCAGAAGGAAGCUCUCGAAAACGUCAACGAAAUAUCCGAGGGCCAGCUGCCCGACUACCUCCGCGAGGUUCUCGAGCUCAACCUCCCCAAGGCGAGCGGCAAGAAGACCCAGAUCAACCUCGGUGUCUCGGAGAAGAACCUGGCUGGUGCCAUCAAGGCUGCUUUCCCCGGCGUCGUCUGCCAGACCGCUGACACCUCCGACAUUGUCGCCGAGCUCCUCCGUGGCAUCCGUGUCCACGCCGCCAAGCUCAUCCCCGACCUGACGGCCGAGGACCUCCUCGCGGCUGGCCGUGGUCUUGGCCAUGCCUACUCGCGUGGCAGGAUCAUGUUCGACCCCAAGCGCAAUGACCGAAGCAUCAUUGAGGCCAUCAAGACCGUCGAGCUGCUCGACAAGAGCAACAACACCAACUACAUGCGCCUCCGCGAGUGGUACGGCUGGCACUUCCCCGAGCUCAACAAGAUUGAGCCAGACAACUUCACAUACGCCUCGCUCGUCAAGGAGAUUCGCGACAAGCGCACAUUGACCGAUGACCGCCUGCACGACAUUGCCGCCAUUGUCGGCGAGGACGGUGAGAAGGCCCAGGCCAUCAUCGACGCCGCCAAGGUCUCCAUGGGCAUGGACAUCUCCGUCGAAGACCACGACAUGGUCGACGCCCUCAUCAAGCCCCUCAACGGCGCCUUCAGCCUCCGCAAACAGACCGCCCUGAACCUCGAGCGUGUCCUCGACAACGUGGCCCCCAACCUGCAGAUGCUCGUCGGCACCAUGGUAGCCGCCCGUCUCAUCGAGGCCGCGCAGGGUCUCAGCAACCUGGCCAAGAUGCCCGCCUCGACGUUGCAGAUCCUGGGUGCCGAAAAGGCGCUCUUCCGCGCGCUCAAGGCCAAGAGCAACACCCCCAAGUACGGUCUCAUCUUCCACAGCACCUUCAUCGGUCGCGCCUCGACACGCGACAAGGGCCGCAUCUCGCGCUACCUCGCCAACAAGUGCAGCAUCGCCUGCCGCAUCGACUUCUUUGCGGAUGAGCCCUCGACCAAGUGGGGCAAGGCUCUGAAGCAGCAGAUCGAGGACCGCCUACAGUUCUAUGCCACCGGCAAGCGCCCGGCCAAGAACGUGGAUGUCAUGUCCGGCGUUGAGUCUCUCGGUGAUCUGGCAGAGGGCGCCGAUCUCGAUGAGGAGAUGGAAGAUGCCGACGAUGUUGAGGUCGCCACCGAGAAGAAGUCCAAGAAGGAGAAGAAGGACAAGAAAGAAAAGAAGGACAAGAAGGAGAAGAAGCGCAAGCUGCAAGAGGAUGAGGAGACCGCCACACCCAUGGAGGUGGAUGGCGAGGAGAAGAAGAAGAAGAAGAAGAAGUCCAAGUCUGCGGAUGCCUAG